AAUAAAUAUUGUAAUAGUCGCAGGAAAUUCAGGCCCAUAAGCAAGAGGAGGAAGAAGAAGGAGGAGGGCAUGACAAACCACACGUUCGGUCUGGGUCUGGGCCUCUUCGUCUUACUGAUUAUUUGGGUACUAGCUGGCUUGGUAUUCCUGGUGUCUUUGCGCAUCGAGCAGAGAAUUGGUGCCGUUGCUUUGGCUGUCGCUGCUAUUAUUACCAUUGUACUUGUCAGUGUACCUCGUGCACCCGAACAUCCCGUCCCUCAUGAAAACAAGCCCUACGAUCACUUCUUUAUUUGGCGUUUGAUUACUACUAUUUUGUUGGGUGCUUCAGCUGUAGUUGCAAUCGUGAGUUACUUCAAACUUGGACUUAUGGAAGUUGCUAGACCACAGAGAAUUAAAAACUGGGUUUUUUAAAUAGUUUCUAAAAUACUUUAGAGGCCUUUAAAGCUCAAAACACUAGACCAUAUGCCUUACUUAUAAAAGACAAGACAAAAAUU